AUGGACCCAUUUGCAGCACUGGGCGCCGCUGCUGCGAUCGCCCAGUUCGUCCAGAUAGGAGUCGGUCUCGCGUCCAAGGCUUAUGACACAUAUUCAUCUGCUUCGGGAAUGCCCAGAGCGGAUGAGCAGCUGGGGUUUGUUAUUGGAGAGCUGUCAACUGUCUCCAAGUCUCUCAUCUCGGAAAAGCCCGCAUUGCAGCAAACGGACGAAGAGAAGGCACUGGCAAUAGUGGCUGAAAAGUGUCAGCAACUUUCCGAAAAAAUAUUACGCAUCCUCGAGCGCAUCAAAGCCGAUAACCCCAGGUCCAAGCGUCAAAGCGCCGUUGCUGCGUUGAGAAGCUUGUGGAAUGAAAAGGAGAAGAAGGAGUUGAAGAAGGACGCUGAUGACUGCCGGAACCUCCUUCACCUCCAGUUAACGUCGAUUAUGGGGUCAGAGACGAUCAAACGGCUCGAGGACAUUGCUACGAGCGGCCAAGCAAGCAUGGAAGCCCUCCAUUCCCUUCAAAAACAUGUCGUGGUCUUGGAGCAGGGAGUCCGUGUCUCUAGCUUAGACAAGGAAGUCCAGGAAACAAUCGCCAAUCUCUUUCGACUAUCCACUAAAGCACUGGAUUCCAUCACGAGCCAUCGCAUCCUGAACAGCCUGUUUUUCCAAGAAAUGCACAUGAGAUACUCAGAAGUGCCCACGGCAUAUUCAGAGACAUUAAACUGGAUAUUCGAAGAUCAAGCGCCUCCAAAACAAUGGAAAGCUUUGGAAGGUCGAAUGCUCUUCAGGGAGUGGCUUGAGACAGGAGAUGGAAUCUUCUAUAUCUCCGGAAAACCUGGUGCAGGAAAGUCAACAUUGAUGAAAUUUAUAUUUCAAAACCGGCGAACAAAAGACCUAUUGGGACGCUGGGCUGCUGGCAGGCAGUUGAUUUUCUGCAAGUUUUUCUUCUGGAAACCUGGGUCUAAGAUGCAGAACUCCGUUCCGGCAAUGUUGCGGACAUUGCUCUACGAUAUUCUCCAGCAAUGCCCGGAGCUUACCCAGACUGCGUUUCCAGAAUAUUGGCUGCAUGUUCAAUCACUUCCAUGGCAAGCACCUGUGCAGCUUCCGUUUGACAAUGACCAAAUACGUGAAGCAUUCGAUAGGCUGAGUCGAAACCUAAAUUCAGACACGGAACGCUGCCUGUGCUUCCUUAUUGACGGGCUAGACGAGUUACGGGAAACCCCAGAGGAAAAAUACAAAGACUUGGUCGCAUUAAUUUCGCGCUGGACCAAGCAAUUCGCUGGAGACUUGAAACUCUGUGUUUCGAGUAGGGAGGAACGUGUUUUCGUCGAAAACCUUGAAGGCCCGAGGGGCUUCAAGUUGCAAGACCUGACCUAUGAUGACAUAUACCACUUCAUCGACGCCAAACUAAAGUGCAACCAGAAUUUCAUUGAGCUAGAGAUGCCCGAGGGUGGCCGAACGAGUUUAAUAUCGAAGGUUGCUGCUAGAGCUGAUGGCGUCUUCUUGUGGGUUUCCUUAGUAGUGAACCUGCUCGAUGAUGCAUGCGAUGAUGGAGACGAUUUUUCUGAACUCGAACGCAAAAUUGAGUGCACUCAACCGCGAGUUGAAGAUCUCUUUCGGCAGCUUUUUGAUUCGAUUCAUAACUCUGACAGAAAUCGAUCAGCGCAGAGCUUUGCCGUCGUUCUGAAGCUGUUGGAGAAUCCACAUGGGAUGAGGAUGUCUCUUUUCCGUUUUUCUCUCCUUGACGAUUUCAAUUCCAAUCCUGAAUUUGCGGCAGACAUCGAGAAUCUCAAACGAGCCGGUUUGGUAGGAACCGACUGGGAGCAUGUUGAGCGACGGUUAAAGAAGGCCCGCAAGCAGUUGUAUAGACGUUGCAGAGGCCUCCUUGAGGUCCACACUGAGCCCGAACCCCUGAUAGCGAUCCUCGACAAGUCAAGAACUGGGUACAGGACAAGUAGGUAUACAGAGACCAUCUCACUGGCCCAUCGAGAGGUCCACCAGUUCCUACUGAGAGAUGAUAUCCAGAAGGACCGGAACGGCCACAUUAAAGGAUUUGACAUAUUUGGGGCAAUUUGUCAGACCUUCGCUGCGGAAGUCACUUCGAUGACGUUUCUGAUGUCAGGGUCUACUACUCAAUCAUGGACUCUCGAUUACCACAACUAUCUGUCCUGCGUGCCAGAGCUGAUAGAUAUUCUUCGAAACAUUUCGCAGCAAGAUUCGCCGAGGGAACAACACCUCAUGGCGUUGGAUAAUGUCGAUGUUUUACGCUACCCCACCAGCGAUUGGACAAACGGCCGCCGACCUGAUUUGGAAGUCCUAUCUCCCACAAUCGCAGUACCUUGGUUUGGGGGGGAGCAUUUUGUUUGCCAUAUUGCGGCUGCUCUUGGUAUUGAACAAUAUUUCAGAUAUGAUGUGCAACUCCCUGCAAGGAACCUUGCAACAAAGGAUGGCACUCUAUUGUUGGUGCUCCUAGACAUGUUGACACGGGACGAGAGUACUUCCUCAGCCACCAAUUACCCAGGGAUACUGCGAAAGAUGCUUCAAAACACAAAUGGAUGGGGUACCUAG